AACACUGCAUCUCUGCUGAAUGUGUGGAAAUGCCAGAAAAUCUGGCACGCUAACACUCAGCGACACUUGGUGCCUGACGCCACUGCGUUGCCAUGAUAACCGACCGUGCACCCUGUGUUUCUGACAGCUGUUCCCAUGGCGCCCGGACCUGGCUCAGCCCCCUGGCCUCGAAUUGGCAGGAAACAUGUGGUAUGGGGGGUCAGAGGUCGGGUGUAUGACGUUCCUGCUGUGUCAGUAUCAUGUUGUUUUUCAUUCUGAGUUACAGCAGUGGGAUUUUUCAUUCAUAACUAAUCAUCCAUGGGUUAAAUUAGAGCCUGUUCAAAGCACCUUUUGGGACAGACAGGGUGGCAGUCUGAAUUCACAUUGCCUAUGUUUGCUCAGAAUAUAAUCGUAUACAAUAAUUUUUAUAGUACAAUAUAAAUCUAUAGUCUUAAUCGUAGAUUGCACCUUUGCUGUGAUUUUGAAUUUUCAUUUGUUGGCCUUUGGCAGAAACAAAAUCUUACCUUUUCUCAGAGCUAUCUAGUCAUACUUAAAAACAAAUUGUUUUGAAUGUCCGCCAUAAUAAAGAAAACUGAGAAGCUUACACAACACAAGAAACAGAGGAAUGGAAUGGUGCGUAACAGGAAGAUUUGACAAAGGACUGACUGAACUGAAGAGCAUUUAUGCUCGAGAGGUUAAUUACUGGAAUCCUGCACAGAUGAGUCUAAUUACUGGCAGAGGAACAGCUGGGUGAGAGCAUAGAACUGAGACAAUGAAGGAAGUUAGUACGGAAACUUGUUAAUACAGAGACUGGGAGACAUAAAGUCUAAAGAAACAAUGAUAAGACAACAGUCAAAACCAAACUUAAAAUCAAAACAUUUUCACUCUCUUAGCCUCUUCAUGUAGUAAAAAGGAUUAUUUAGUUCUAGAGGCUGACGCUAACGGCUAAUGUAACAUUAGCUGUUAGCGGCUAAUGUUACAUUAAAAGUGGGCUUCUACCAUCCUAAAGAACUCCAGUCUAAAAAACAUAGCAAUUCAUGCAAAUGGUAUUUUAUUACCUUUAAAACCAUCAUCACGCUGUCAUUGUGUCAUUAUUUACAAAGAAGUACAUCAUAAUUUCUAUGGAAUACGCUGAUAGGAGGAGGUGCACCACCAAUGAUCUUCCUGUGUAAAACAACUACUACUGAAAACAAAAUAUGUAACAAAUGUAACAUAGGAGUAACAUAUAUACAGCCAGGUAAGGCUUGCUCUUUACAUGGUCUAACAUUUAAAUCAGGCAGUUGCUCUGACUGCAAACAUCUAAUAUUUUUUUUUUCACACAGAAAGAUCACUAGUGGCACACCUCCUUCUGUUUAACAAAUGAUUAGCUUCAAUGUAAAGAACUCUUCAGUGCAAAGGUUUGUAAAAUAGUGUUUGUAUAAACAAAUAUACCCUAUAUUUGUUCUUGGUGCCUUAGAAUUGGCCAUUUUUCAGUUUUUUGUACCAGCUAAUCUGUAUUCAUAGAAAAGAAAAGAAAAGAAAAGAAAAGAAAAGAAAAGAAAAGAAAAGAAAAGAAAAGAAAAGAGCAUUAUCUAGUGCAGGUGACAUUAACUGCUUUUGACAGAACCUACCUUCAGAGAUCCUGAAUUCUCCCUUAAGGAUAAAAACUUUUUAUGGUGAAAUUCUUAUUUCUCAAGAACUCCUUGGACAUAUCACAUCACAGGCUGACUGUCCCAGCCUUUUCCACAUGGCACUGAUUGGCCGUGAUGAGUCCCAGACUGCCAGUCACCUCCCCGUUCCAACUGUGCACGGAGGAUGUCUGUUACUGCAGGAUUUAAAGCCGCAGACAGCUGAACAGACCUACUCAAUGGGAUUGUCCGUAGAACAUUGUCUGUGUUUAAAAUGAUGUUUUAAUUCAUGUAAUUUAAAUCGUUUGUGGAUUAUUCGUCGGUUUUAUGUGGGCAAGGUUUUUCAGCACAGACAGAGACAGAUUUUUAUCUUUCUGCUUUUACCCCUUUUUUCGAAAGAGUUGCUACUUGGCUGUGGAUGGGACAUGGUGGAGGGUCAUAAUUUGUUUAAUAAUAUUUAUGAAAAAAAGCUUAUUUCAGCAUAUGAGGAGUUAUGUUUUCAGCCUGUUUUCUAUCCAGCAGCUGAAGGUCGUAUCUUCAAAGACAUGUCUGCUUUUAAUAGACCAAGGACCCUGCACCAGCAGUUUGAGAGCUAUAAACAGGAAGUGCGACGGAUCGGUGUCGAGACGCGACGUCAGCAGACGCAGCAGAAGGAUGAUGCUCCCACCUGCGGCAUUUGCCGCAAGACCAAGUUCGCCGACGGUUGCGGCCACCUCUGCUCCUACUGCCAGACCAAAUUCUGCGCUCGCUGUGGGGGGCGGGUCUCUUUGCGCUCCAACAAUGAGGACAAAGUGUGUCUCAUAGUGAAGGACAGGGUAAUGUGGGUUUGCAACCUGUGCCGUAAGCAACAGGAGAUUCUCACCAAAUCAGGAGAAUGGUUUUCAGGGUCAGGAGUGCGGCCCGGGACCCUGGGCACCUCCUUGAAAGACCCAGCCAUAGGAGGUGAGGGUCAGCGUGACAGGAAGCUCCUCCGCUCCAGAUCCCAAGCUCCGCCAUCUAGCACAAACGCAGGACCACUGGACGAGACGCAGUCGGCCAGAGUCAUCACUGCCAAGGCUGGCAACACCAUGCCUGGCUCUCGCUCCCAAAGUGAACCACCAAAAGAGAAAAAAAGGCCGGUAUCCCUCCAUGAACAAAAUGGGAGAGGAGGGAUGGGUGGAGGCAGUGGUCGCAGACCUCCUGGCAAGCUUCAGUCUCAGUCAUCCUUGGAUGAACGUGUGAGCACUGGAGACAGAGGAGAGCGACAGUUAAGAGACGGACGGCGAUUGGAGAAGAUCCAUUCUCAAGAUUAUGAGGAUGGCGAGGAGAACCUGAAACAUUCAGGCAUGCACCGCAGACGUCCAGAGGAUGAGGAACAGAGAGAGAGGCAGCGCCGUGAAGAGGAGUUCCAGAAUCGUUAUCGGAGUGACCCCAACCUGGCGCGAUAUCCAGUAAAACCGCAAAAAGAGGAGCAGGAGAUGCGAAUGCACGCUAAGGUGUCCAAGGUGCGGCACGAGCGGCGGCACAGUGAUCUUGCGAUCAAUGAGGUUGGGUUGGGACCAGGUGAAGGAGGAGGAGGGGGAGGUCAUGUACCUCCAAACCGUCUAGCUAGGAGGAGUGGAGGUGGUGAAGGAGACCGCAAGAACCUCCUUGAGAACCACCGAGCCUUCACUGGUGACAGGACCAUGGGGACGGGUGGCGGACCUCCACCUACAGGAGGUGGAGGGAAAUCAGGGCCCCAGACUGGAGGGCCAGUGCUUAAUGAUCAUGGCUCAAACAACUCCCGCCCGGACACUGGCACAACACGGGACAAAGGUGGGGAUCACUUGCUGAGGAAAGACUCUCAGAGCUCGGAUCAGUCUGAUUCUUUGCGGCCGCCCCCUCCACGGGCAUACAAAGGCAAGCGCGGAAUCAACAAGAGGCAGAUGUCCAUCAGCAGCUCAGAAGAAGAGGGCGGGUCCACCCCCGAGUACACCAGUUGUGAGGACGUGGACAUGGAAAGUGUCAGCGAGAAAGGAGAUCUGGACUGUCAUCCUUUAGAUCCUACGGUGUGGCAUCAUCCAGUUACGUGGCAGCCAUCCAAAGAGGGCGACCACCUGAUUGGGCGCAUCACGUUAAGCAAGAGGUCGGCCAUGCCCCGCGAGGCUGGCUCACUGCUGGGCCUAAAAGUUGUUGGAGGAAAGAUUACGGAGUCUGGGAGACUUGGGGCCUUCAUCACCAAAGUCAAAAAAGGGAGCCUGGCAGAUGUUGUGGGACAUCUGCGUGCAGGUGACGAGGUCUUACAGUGGAAUGGGAAGUCAUUGCCAGGAGCAACUAAGAAAGAAGUGUACAACAUCAUCCUUGAAUCCAAAGCUGAACCUCAAGUGGAGAUCGUAGUUUCAAGGCCAAUAGGAGACAUCCCGAGAAUCCCAGGGUCCCCUCAUCCUCCACUAGAGUCCACGGGUUCGAGUUCCUUUGAAUCCCAGAAGAUGGAUCGUCCCUCUAUAUCAGUGAUGUCCCCAACAAGCCCUGGUACCCUUCGAGACCUUCCUCUGGUGCUGCCUGGACAACUCUCUGUGAAGCUGUGGUAUGACAAAGUGGGUCACCAGUUGAUUGUCAACGUCCUUCAAGCCAUAGACCUACCACCUCGACCAGACGGCCGACCUCGAAAUCCAUACGUCAAAAUGUAUUUUCUGCCUGAUAGGAGCGACAAGAGUAAACGACGGACUAAAACAGUGAAGAAGAGCUCUGAGCCAAAGUGGAACCAGACUUUCAUAUAUUCCCAUGUUCACCGGCGUGACUUUAGAGAGCGCAUGCUGGAGAUCACCGUCUGGGAUCAGCCCCGAGUGCAGGAGGAAGAGAGUGAAUUUCUGGGCGAGAUCCUAAUAGAACUUGAGACGGCCUUAUUGGACGAUACUCCCCACUGGUAUAAACUUCAGACUCAUGACGUGUCCUCCAUACCCCUGCCUCAGCCUUCUCCAUACCUUCCACGCCGACACGUCCACGGAGACAGUCCAAGCAAGAAACUACAGAGGUCUCAUCGCAUCAUUGAUACAGAGUUUGAUGAUGGUUUGAUAGGUGGGACUAAAGGUGGCGAGCGUAACUCCCGUGAGAGAGAUCGGGGCAGUACGUUGGCUGUCCCAGAGCAGCAGCGCCCCAUCCAGCACCGCUCCCGUUCAGUGUCUCCUCACAGGGAGGACACCUGCAGGGCUCGGUCUCGACCCCCACAUGUGCCCAUGCAAAGGAGUUUGGAUGAGAUUCAUCAUAACCGCCACCACUCACGUUCCCCGUCACAUUACCACGAGUCCUCCCUGGAGCACCAGCGCUCCGGUGACUCCGACUUUGAGUAUUCAGAGGACAGUGAGGUCCUGGAGAUGCACAGAUCAAUUCGAGGUGGCAGUGCUGAGUGCCUACACACCAACAGGAGCAUAGGUAGAUACUGCAACACGCUCCCCCCAAAAAUGCCCCUUUUAGUAAAUGGUAUCCAUAAAGACAUUUACAGCUCCACCCUCCCAGCAUGCCUAAAGAGUAAGCCAUAUACCAGACAGGAGGGGGGUGCCACCUUGCCUCGUAGCAUCCUCACACACCGUGUGCUCAGGUUCACAGACGAGGUCACAGUUAGCGACCUGCAGCCAUCCCUGGACAGAGUGAGGAGUGCCAGCACCACAUGUCUGAGACCAGACACCAACUUUCACUCCUCUGACAGAGACAGGUGCUCCAAUUCUUUGCCCCACAGGACUCCCCCAAGCCCCAGGAUCUUAGUAGAACAUGUGGCCCCAGAGGAAGAGAGGGAGAGUAUUAAUUCAUCCAGUCUAAACUGUCCGUGGGGCAGCAGAAAAAGUCUAGAAGGGGACAGUCGAAUUCAGCCCACCUCUAUCCUGAGGGGCAGUAGAGGGAGAGGGGCCCCCCUGAGGCCCUUUGUACAGACAGUGCUAUCAGGUUCCUGUCCUAACUCACCGCGACCGGACAGAGCACACCCACAUUGCAGCCCUUCUCCAACGGUGAUAUCUGGGCGCAGGGGUCGGCAGCUUCCACAGCUCCCUGCGAAGAGCAGCAGCAUAGAGCAAGCCCUAGUGGUGGAGGAGCGAGCCCGACAGCUGCCAAUGAAAGUACAUUCCUACCGGCCUUCAGCCUCCCACGACUCUCAAAAAGACCUCCAGACCAAGCGGGAGAUGUACGCAGAGCAGAGGCGCAGCAGUGACAACAUGUCGGCCAGAUCUUCUGACAGCGACAUGAGCGACGUAUCAGCUCUCUCCCGUGCCAGCAGUGCCUCUCGCCUCAGUAGCACCAGUUAUAUGUCAAUACAAUCAGAGCGGCCCGGGGGACGGCUCAGAUCCAAGUCUUUAGAGGAGGACAAGAAGGACAGGAGGAUCUCGUGGGAUGUGAACAGAGAGGAGGAAAAAAAGAGGGAAGCAGAAGAACAGAGAUGCUUCUCUCAGGAGUUGAAGCGCAGGAGACACACUGUAGCAGGAGACACAAGGGAGUCCAGUCGGCAGAUGCGAUCUUCGAUGGGCCGGAACAUGAUGAAGAGCUCCAGUGUGAGCGGUGAGAUCUACACGCAGGAGCGCACAGAUGGCAGCCAAUCAGACACAGCGCUGGGCACCGUAAGCGGUGGAAGCAAGAAGAGACGCUCAAGCAUCAGCGCUCGCGUCGUGGCCAUCGUCGGCAAGCAUCGCAGCCGCAGCACCUCACAGAUUGGCGGCCCUGAGGGGAAGAAUAAAAGGGAAAAGGGCAUCCCCAUCCAGAGGAGCACAGAGACUGGCAUGGCCGUGGAGCUUUCCAGGAACAUGAGCCGGCAGCCCAGCAGAGAGUCUAACAACGGCAGCAUGAACAGCUGCAACUCUGAGGGAAAUUUGAUCUUUUCUGGGGUGAAUCUGGGUGCCAGCAGCCAGUUCAGCGAUUUCCUGGAUGGACUGGGACCAGCACAGUUGGUCGGCAGGCAAACACUUGCUACUCCUGCCAUAGGUGACAUUCAGAUUGGAAUGAUAGAGAAAAAAGGGCAGCUGGAGGUGGAGGUCAUCAGAGCUCGAGGACUCGUACAAAAGCCAGGAUCCAAAUCUUUGCCCGCUCCAUAUGUCAAAGUCUACCUACUGAAUAAUGGAGCAUAUGUAGCCAAAAAGAAAACCAAGAUUGCACGGAAAACACUUGACCCACUGUACCAGCAAGCACUGCUGUUUGAGGAGAGCCCGCAUGGGAAAGUCUUACAGGUAAUUGUCUGGGGAGACUAUGGCCGAAUGGACCAUAAAAGUUUCAUGGGAGUUGCACAGAUACUGCUGGAUGAGCUAGACUUAUCAAACACAGUCAUUGGUUGGUACAAGCUGUUCCCCCCAUCCUCCUUGGUUGAUCCGACGCUGGCAUCCCUUACACGGAGAGCUUCCCAAUCCUCUCUUGACAGCUCCCCGGGACCGCCUGGGGUUCGAUCCUAGUGGACCAACAACUCUACACCAACACUCGAGGGAAAGAAAAAAAAAACUUGAAAAAUGACAUGAAAGAGAGAGGCACAUACAAGAAAAGGCAGAAACAACAACAAUUAGAAAUGGUUACAACAAGAAAGCUUUGUUGAAAUCUGACAAUCACUCCUGCCGCAGUUAUUUCUAUCUGUUGUAGGGAGCGUCAUUUUUCGGUGUUUUGUUUCCAUUCAAAGAAAGUCUCAUAGUUUAUCUCUUGCUCUCCAGUCAGAAUAUGACUGCUAUGAGUGUCAAUAAAUAAAAAAGAAACAGGGUGGUUUUUAACUGAAUCAACCUAGCAAAGAAAUGUAUGUAAGCAUUGGAAUGUAUGGCCUCAAGAAGGAGGUUAAAUCCCUUCGCUCACUGCAGGGGGCACACUCCUUUGUGCAGUGGCCUCCUCCAGAAGCCCAUCAGACUGCCGGUAUUCCUGGCCCCCAGUUAGGGUGCCGCCCUAUUCCCCCCCCCCCACCCCACCCGAUGGGUGUUCAGUCUGGGAGCACAGGGCCUCCUUCUGGUGCCUCAAUCACUGGUCCCUCUCUUUGUCAAAAUAUUCUCUUUUCAACAUGUUUACCAUGACUACUCUGAGGCCAUCGCCUUUUAGGAGUGCAUUCUGUGGCGUUCAUUUCUUUCGUUUUGUUACUACAGGCACAAAAUGUUUUUACAGUGUGCAAAAUGCUCAUGGUAUGUGGUCUGUCUGAAGUGUGCAUGAUAAAUAAAGAGAUUAAGAGAUUAAAAGAAAAGAGUUUAAAAGAAAAAGAAUUUAGUCUGCAACUCUUCUGCAGGGAGAUAGGAAAUACUAACUGAUGGUCCGCCAUUUUGACUCUGUUCUAUCACUGAAAACAGCUGAAAAUAUCUUGGGUGGACCAAUGGAGAUCUUGCUGCAUACAAUGAGCCUCAUUUAUCAAAUAUUGGGGAAGAUUGGGGCACAGAAAUUAUGGCAGGAGAAGUACACUGUGUGAUUUAUGAAACUUUAAGUAUACCUGACAAUCCCCUCAGAUGCUGAUAAUUCUGGUUGUCGGAGAGCAUCAUUAUUUACAUACCGCACUCAGGUUUAUCUAAGAUUUCAGUGGUCCUACCCACAGACUGUGAUAUAAAUAAAAUGGAAAGUGUGAAAUUCUUUUUGAUUUUAAAGUUACAUCCUUUCCUAACAGAAGAUUGCAGAUAGCUAAAAGACACAAAAAACAUAAAUAUUGUUCCCUAUUGAAAUAAAUUUCUGCAAAUGUUGUUAAGCAUUGUUAUUUUAGUGUUAUUCUCCGCAAAUGUAAGUAUUUAACAAUCACCUAUUAGAUGUGCUGAAUGUGGUCCAAUCUUUGGCUAAUGGCCCUUUGACCCAUCACACUGCAGAGCAUCACACUGAACAUGACUGUCCAGCACAAUAUUUAACAGAACUGCACAGGCUAAAAUUAUUUCACACACAUUUAUUGCAGAGUUCCUCCAGCUGAUCCAAACCAGACCAGUCUCCCCUUCGGAACCCCUCAUGUAGUACUCGACAGUAGCCCAUGUCGUUGGUCUCCAGCAGAAAGGUCCCAGUGUCCAAAACCCUCAAUGUGUAAACCAUUUGCACUGUUAUGGCUUUUCUCCUUUACAUGCGGACCUAGACUAUAUUUGGGCUACUUCAAUGCCACAGUUUAUGUAGCUACAAUAAACAUAUCACCAAAAAUCUUGUGAUGGCAAACAUCAUUUUGCACUAUUAUGAUCUAAAAAAACCCUGAGAAACAAGUUUGUGCCACUUGGCAAAGGAUUUGAGAAUAUCCUACUCUUGCCUGCAGAUUAAUAAAUCUUGAAAAAGUGUGUGGAAAAAACUAUAUACCAACUGAACUACUAAGGGAACAUCUGAUAAAUUGGGGCCAAAAGGCCCCCAUUUAAUGCAUGCCUAAAGCAAAUUAUCAUAGAAUUAAUUUGAGUAUCGUAUUGACUGACAGAUUUAUCCACCAGGGGGAAAAAAAAGAACAAACAUGAAAGCAAAACCUGUAAAAUUUGCAGAAUUGCUGAAUCCUGGAUUAGCCCCCAAUCUUUCAUUAUAUACAUUUUGUGUUUUAGAUUUAUUUAUUUUAGAUUUUUUUACGUUAAAGGCAAAUGAAUAAAUUUACUUAAUUGAAGUCUUGACUGUUUACAACUUUACUCAGCAAUAAAGAAGAAUCAACGAACGCGCAAGACAUCAAAAACUCUACUUUUUGAAUUUAUUAUUCCCUGACAAAUCCCUUAUUUUUUAGUAUUUCACUUUCACUCAUUUAAUUUAUUGUUUAUUUUAGUUUCAUUUUCUGAGUAAAUCUUUUUUUUCAAGAUAUUAAAUGCACAUUCACCAACUGAAUUAAAUUGAGAAUCCUGGAUAUUUACAAGUUUACUCACAAGUUAAGAAGAAACAACAAACAACCAAUGGAAGCGUAAAUUGUUAAUUUUAUACAAUCGAUAAAUUGUAGAUGAGCCCCCAAUUUUUCAUAAAAUAAUUUGUAGUUUUAUAGUUUAGUAUUUGUUUUAGAUUAAUAUCACACAUUGAAAUCAGUUUUUCCAGAUGUACUUUUCUGAAGAGUCUAGGUGUGUACAAACAACCAUUAAAGCGAAACAGGAGACCCCACAGAACUAAUAAAUUCUAAACCAGACACCAGUUUUUAAACAAUUGAGACAAUUGUUUGUUUACCAGCUAUUUUAGCUCAUUUUUAGGAGAGGAAAUGCAGAAUCGAAGAGGAGAUUCCUGCAAAAUCUGGCUUUUAUGCCCUAAACCAUCUCCAGUCUUUGAGAUGCAGCAAACUUCCUAAUGAUCCUCCAAGACUGUUGCCAAGGAAAUGAGCCUAGAAAGGAGGCAAAUUGAUGGACCAAAACAGUGACAUGUCUUAGAUUUUAACACCUAAUAAUGAAAUCAAUGUUGUUCAACCACGGCUUGACAUGCAGGCCACUUGUCUUUGUUUAAUUGUGUUGUAGGCCUCCUUGGGGGUUGACAAAUAAAACAAAUUUGUGUCACUUUAAAAUGUCACAAGGGUAUAGUAUCUCUGUUAAAUAAAUAAAUAUAAAUAAAUAAAUACUAUUGUUCACCUAUGCCAGAGCUGGAUUGGACCAUGUAAUUUUUCACAUUUCUGAGGGAGUGCCUUCCCUCACCUCAGCACGUUAAAGGUUUUUAUCCAAACCUUAGUUUAUCUUGUUUUUUAAUAAAAGCACAAGAGCUUGAUUUUUUACUAGAAAAAGUUUAACUUUUCCAAAAAAAAAACCAAAAAAACAUGUAGGUAUUAAAAAGAAAAAUAAAGCAACAAUCCUGUUGGUUCUGUUCAUUUCUUUGUCUCGAUAUAACAGACAAGCAGAAAGGAAGAAUAGAUCACAGUUUCUUCGUGCAUCUCCGUUAAAAAAAAAAAUCUGGACACCAACACCCAUCCACCAUUCUGUCUGCAGACACCUCACGCAGCCAUGUAGGGAUGGGCUGGCAUGACUUGGGGACCCGUUUCAAGCAGCAUGCACAUUUAUUUUUUGUUACACCGAUACAGAAAAAAAAAAAAGACACUGAACUAGAUGCGUGUUAGUUCCAAGUACUGUAGGGCCGCUUGUAUGUUGCAUGCAGUUGUACAGUUUGCUUGUACUUGAAUAUUAAAGACCAAGAAGCCAUUCCCAUAUUGCAAAAGACAUUUGAACUCAGCUGGAGUCUGUUCCACAUCCCUCUGUCUGGUGCUGAAUGUCUCUCAAACUGAACCCCGAGAUAAUGCUGAUGUCUUUCCCCGACCCUCUAGAAUAUGUGUACUGUACUGUACAGUCGUAUGAGCAAAGCUCACACCCCCUCUUACUAUUAUUAUUUCACUUCACAGUAUACCUCAGAGGGGCUGUGGUGAUGUAUGAAUAAAUAUGUACAAAUCACAUCCAACUAUAUGGAAAUAAUUAUGUUUUAACAAAAUUUCAGAUAUGCCGACACAUGAGCUCUUAAGUUAUACCGAAGAUAAACCAAUGUGCAGAGAAUCAUAUUAUUCAACAGUCUACUACUGAUUAUUGCAAAAGUGGCAAAGUCAUUUAUGAAGUAAUAACACUAUGUACAAUUAGGGACCAUGCAUUGGGACGCAUCAAGGUGAUGGGUCACAGGGUGUACCACAGUCUGAGCACUGAAAAGGGCCAAUUUCAGUCCCACUUCCUGGGAAUUUUCUUUGCAUUAUUUGGUGAAGCCCCCUGCCUCCCUUUUCUUUUUGUCAGUAUUAACAUGAGAAAAAAAUGCUAAUUGUUUACAGUCUUCUGUGUUCCACUGAAGCAAAGAGAAAAUUAGAGAAAAGUAAAGCAUUCACUGCAACAUUUCUUGUUUGUAACAGAUGUGGCUCAAAUGAUGUGUAUGUUUUAUACAUAAAAAAAAGUUCAUUUUUAUUAUUUACAAAUAAUAAAAAAAAGAAUGUGUGGAAAAAAA